AUGGCAUCUACUGUAAAAUCAUCCAGUCAAAAGUUUUGGCAUUUGAAAAAGAUUGCUCGUAAAUCAUCCAAUGCAACAACAACAACUCAUCCACCACCACCACGUUCUACUAUUCAACAACAACAACAUCGUCAUCGUUCCCUACCUAAUGAUAAUACUACUCCACGACGUUCAUCCAGCCCUGUUGAAGUAUUAGAUGCCAAGGCAAAAAACAAGCAGCCUGCAGGGAGUUCACUGUUGUCAAAUCGGCGGUUGUCAUCGGUCAGUGUACCACCUGACGAUGAUGGAGAAGAUAAUAAUGAAAGAGGCAAUAAUACCGAAAAGCAGCAGCAAGUAGCAACAACAACAGCAACCUUAACCAAAACGACGACUCAGCCAUCUGUUGUUGCUGGAUCGGGCAAUGUUGCUCAAAAUCUGCAGCCGAUGAAUAACAACGCAGCAAAACCACGCAGGGGUCGCAUGUCUGAAGAUAGCGGCACCAGCACAGCUACCACCACCACCACCACAAGCCGUCGCUCACCACCCACAGCAUCACGUCCUGCCAGACCCCGAUCCAUGGUAGUACGUCCUGCCAUGUCACUUGACAAUUUACAAUCCAACAUGGAUGAUUUACAACAACCACGCGUGGCAUCAUUACCCACAAGUCCUCGUUCAUCCGCCUUACGUACAUCGAAAUUACCAGCUUCGCCGCCAUUACCAGCAUCUUUUAAACAACAACAACAGCCUGUAGUACCAAAGUCAUCACAACAAAGUGAUAUUGAUGAUCAUAGCAAUAAUGAAUACGAGGCAAAAAUUCAGUAUUGGAUGAUGCAAGUGGAAAAAGAAAGAGCUGUUGUCAGUGCCCUACAACGACAAAAAGAAGCUUGUAACAAGGACAUUGAAUUCUUAAGUCAAACGGUGGAUGAGAUCACCCAUGAAAAGGACAUGUGGAAAGAAAAGUUUGAGUCUGAAAGGAUCAACAAUGAGCGAUUGCAAGAUGAUUUAUCAUCCACAACGGACCAAUUGAAUGAGGCACGAGAACAAGUACAACAAUUGUUUGAUGACAAUCAACAGCUCCAAAGCACCAUGGAAGAACAACGCCAACAAUUUGAUGAGCAGCUGCUACGACAAAAGGAAGAAAUGGCAUCAUCAACGCAUCAUCAUCGCAGCCACGAUAGUAGUAGUAGCAGCACUUUGCAACAGCAAUUACGGCAUAGCCAAGAUCAAGUGCGUAUGUUGAAGGCUACCAUGGAGCAAUUUUUGCGAAUGGGCAUUUUUAGUGAAGAUGUAACCGUAUACAAGGAUAUUGCUGCAAGGUAUAGCACCACACUCAAAGCGAGUCCUAUUGAAUGUCUUGCCGAGCAACAUGAACAACAGCAAAAGCAACAGCGCAUAGAAACACCUCCCUCUCCACCCAUGACAGCACCGCAUCAUCAUCAUCAUCAUCACCAUAAUCAUCAUCAUUCACACCAGCAUGAACAACAACAGCACUCGCAUGAUAACAUUCAAUCACCAGCCGACUUGGACAUUGUAUUACGUAAACUACUUCGAGAAAAAGAUAUUCUCCUCGUUGAAUAUAGCAAGAUUCCAUUGAGUGGCGUGAGUGCACUCGCUCGACGACGACGAGAAGAAUUGGAAGCCCAAUUGGACCAAAUCGAUUCCAAAGUAAACAAGCUCAAGCUUACCUAUCGUGCAUACAUCAAAAAGUACUAG